GCAUUAAGGUUUAAAUUGCACCAAAAGACCGGUGAAGAGCAUCCUUUCAGUCUGAGUUCUUCUCACUAUUCUCCUGAAGAUGAUAUCAAUGAGGAUCCUCUGUGUGUUGCUGUGCCUCAACUUAGCCUGGGCACAAGACGGAGAGAGUGCCUUCGAAAGGGAGGGUGCAGGAGUGCGUGGUCCCAGGAUCGUGGAGCACAUGUCCCAGUCCUCCUGCCAGUAUGAGAAGAACUGGCCCAUCUGUGCGGACGAUGACUGGGGUACAAAAUGUCCAUCAGGCUGCAGAAUGCAAGGACUGAUUGAUGAAACGGACCAGGAUUAUAAUCACAGAAUAGAUAAAAUCAAGAAGCUGCUUGCAGAAAAUCAAAACAACUAUAAAAAAUCCAAUCGGAUAAUUGUGGAAACCAUAAACGUACUAAAACCAAACUUGGACAGUGCUCAGCAGACUGAUGAGACUUACGGUCACUUGUCGGGAGAACUGAGGCGGAGAAUUGUGACAUUGAAGCAGAGAGUUAUCACUCAAGUAAACAGAAUUAAAGCUCUGCAGAGCAGCAUCCAGGAACAGGUGGUGGAGAUGAAGCGCUUGGAGGUGGACAUUGAUAUUAAGAUACGAUCUUGCAAAGGAACCUGUGCUAAAAGCUUUGAUUACCAGGUGGACAAAGAAAGCUAUGACAACAUCCAGAAGCAGCUUACCCAAGCCAACUCCAUCAACUUGCACCCAGAGCUUCAAACAACCACCUUGAGCACACUGAAAAUGAGGCCACUUAAGGACUCAAAUGUUCCUGAGCAUUUUAAGCAUAAGCCUCUGCCUGAAAUGCAGGCUCUGAACAUAGUUAAUAACAUCAGGCAGAUGCAAGCAGUAUUAGAAAGAUCAGAAACAGACACGAACCCCUCCCGAGGCGACAGCUUCUAUCCCAUGGCAGAAUCAAGGGGGGACGGACCUUCACGCACCAGCAAAUUAGUUACUUCUACUCAUGGGAGAGAAACCCAUGGUCUGGGAGACAGAACCUCCUCCACUGUUCGUAGAUGCACCAAAACUACCACCAAAAAAAUUGUCACCGGCCCUGAUGGCCCUAGAGAAGAAGUAGUUGAAAAAGUGGUUUCUUCCGAUGGCUCAGACUGCUCCCAUUUACAAGGAGCAGGAAAUGUUGGAGGGGAAGGGAGCGUGUACCAUGUCGGUGGGACAGAUGGCUUCCACAAGCUAGACAGUUUAUUCCCUGACAUAGAAUCAUUUUUUACCCCUGACUCUCCAUCCACCGCUAAUAGGCACUUUGGUGGAUCUAGCAGCAUUUCAACUAGCAGCCACGUAACUGGCACAGGCAGUAGUCACUUAGGUACUGGAGCAUCCAGUCAUUCAGGGACUUAUGGGGGGAAAGGCAAAUUUACAGACUUAGGAGAGGAGGAAGAAGAUGACUUUGGAGGACUUCACCUUCAGCCAUCUGGAUUCCCAUCUGGCAGUGCAAGUCACUCCAAGGCUGUAGUGACCAGCUCCUCUUCUAGUUUCAACAAGGGAGGCUCCACUUUCGAAAGCAAAUCACUAAAGACCCGUGAAAUAACUGAGCAGCUAGGUGGGGUGCAACAUGAUCAGAGUGCAGAGGAUACCCCAGACUUUCAGGCACGCAGCUUCAGACGGACAAGAGUGAAGCAAAGGACAGCCAACACUGGGAAAGACUGUGAUGAUAUCCGCCAGAAACACACUUUUGGUGCCAAAAGUGGCAUUUUCAAAAUCAAGCCAGCGGGAUCCAGUAAGGUUUUGUCAGUUUAUUGCGACCAAGAGACCACUUUGGGAGGAUGGCUAUUGAUCCAACAGAGAAUGGAUGGAUCAGUGAAUUUUAACCGGACCUGGCAAGACUACAAGAGAGGUUUCGGCAGCGUGGAUGGCAGAGGGCGAGGAGAGUUCUGGCUGGGCAAUGAAAACAUACACUUGCUGACUCAGAACGACACUCUCCUUCGGGUAGAGUUAGAGGACUGGGAUGGAAAUGCUGUCUAUGCAGAGUAUAUCGCACAGGUAGGGUCUGAAGCAGAAGGGUACCCCCUUGCCGUGUCCUCCUACGAGGGGACCGCCGGGGAUGCGCUGAUCGCCGGCUGGCUGGAGGAGGGCACCGAAUACACGUCCCAUGCCCAGAUGCGGUUCAGCACCUUCGACCGGGACCAGGACCGCUGGGAGGAGAGCUGCGCGGAGAUGUACGGGGGCGGCUGGUGGUACAACAGCUGCCAGGCGGCCAACCUCAAUGGCAUUUACUACCUGGGAGGCCACUACGACCCCAGGUACAACGUUCCUUAUGAGAUCGAAAACGGCGUGGUCUGGCUGCCAUUUAGAGCCUCUGACUAUUCCCUUAAAAUUGUUAGAAUGAAAAUCAGGCCCAUAGAAAUGCUGUAGAAAAACAGGCUUUUAAUAUGUCUGUUACAACUACAAGUUUAAAAGAUUUUUUUAUACAUAUAUAUGAACAUGAUGUAUUUUUACCCUGUGAAUUUGAAGGCAACUGGACACAUCUGUGGCUUAAAAAAUAAACACUGAUUAAUCAUUAACAGAA